GCGGAAAGAGCUUGUAGAAGAAGUGCGUCGUGUUGUAAAAACGUUUUAGAAUAAAGAUUUUAUGCCUAACAUGGCCACUGAGGUAAUAAAUGGGCAGGUACCAGAGAUGGGUGGAGGGGAUGUUGCUCCCAAGAAGCCUUCGAACAAGAAGCUUACAGUCGAAAGGAUUUACCAGAAGAAAUCUCAACUGGAGCAUAUUUUGCUCAGACCAGACACAUAUAUUGGUUCUGUUGAGCCUGUAACAGAACCUAUGUGGGUGUAUGAUGAAGAGCAAGAUUUAAUGGUUUGGAAAGAUAUUUCAUUUGUUCCUGGUCUUUACAAAAUCUUUGAUGAAAUUCUUGUAAAUGCUGCUGAUAACAAACAACGAGAUCCCAAAAUGGAUUGCAUCAAAAUCGAAAUAAAUCCAGAUAGGAAUUUAAUAUCAGUAUGGAAUAAUGGCCAAGGUAUUCCAGUUGUUGAGCACAAAGAUGAAAAAAUGUAUGUGCCUACUAUGAUCUUUGGUCAUUUAUUGACAUCUUCUAACUAUAAUGAUGAAGAGGAAAAGGUUACAGGAGGUAGAAAUGGUUAUGGUGCUAAGCUGUGUAAUAUAUUCAACACAAUGUUCACAGUAGAAACAGCGUCUAAGGAAUAUAAACGCAGUUUGAAACAGUUGUGUGUGUCUGCCAUCUGUGGUUGA